CUCCUGCGCAUGCGCGGGUGGCAGUAGACGCGUGUCAGAAGGUGCUCAGGAAACAGCAGGACCGCCAUGGAGGAGAAAAUCAAUUUAGAUCUGGAAGACCUUUCGUCCGAGCCAUUUUUGGACUCGUUGAUUAACGAAAUAACAGGAAAUGACCUUUCGCUUGUACUCGGGGUUUUUGUCGGGAUAAUCGUUGUUGUAAUUACAGUAGUUCUUUUGAAGUUUUUCUUGGGCACCAAGAAGACAAGGAGUGCAGUGUUGCUAGUGGGUUUGUGUGACGCGGGGAAAACCCUCCUCUUCAGCCGGCUUCUCACAGGGUCGUUUAUCAGAACCGUGACCUCCAUGAGUGAGAGCAAAGCGACCUACAGGACUAAGAGUGAGAAGCCUACCUCCUGGACUCUUGUGGACAUUCCCGGCCAUGACGGUCUACGAGCUCAGAUCGUCGACAAGUUCAAGGAUUCCGCCAGAGCGAUCGUGUUCGUGGUGGAUAGCGCCGUUUUCCAGAAGGAGGUCAAGGACGUGGCCGAGUUCCUUUACUUCCUCCUGACGGACAGUGUGGUGAUGAAGAACGCUCCGACCAUACUGAUAGCCUGCAACAAACAAGACAUUACCAUGGCAAAAUCAGCCAAACUGAUUCAACAGCAGCUGGAGAAAGAGCUGACUACCCUGAGGGUGACUCGCUCGGCGGCCCUCACCUCUCAGGACGGCUCGGUCCGGUCCACGGCGCACCUGGGGAAGAAGGGCAGGGACUUCGAUUUCUCUCAGCUCCCAGUACAGGUGGAGUUUGUGGAAUGUAGCGCACGUGGCGACGAGGACGAAAGCGCCGAAAUCGAGGCUUUGGAGCGGAGUUUGGCCCAAUUAUGAACCAUCAGAACACGGUUACGGCGAAGCGUAUACAAAGUCACGUAUUUGGAUCCGAAGUCUUUUAUUACACGGCUUUUAGACAGUGUGGUUUGCCUUGUUUUACACACACACUCGUACACAUCAGCUGCCCUAAAACCACACGGAACAAAGUCUGUUUUCCAUCUGUUUGUUGACGACUCGCAUCUAAAACAUUGUCCUGAAUGUUCGAAUUACACAACCAGUAUUUAUUUUAUUUUAUUUGUUCUCAAGGUACCAGCUAGUUUACUGUGUUUAAAGAAAAAUCCUUGUUUUCUUGACGCCUGCUUCGUGCCUUACAUCUAGACGCUGACUAAAUAAACCGUUUGGGGAAAUUA